GCCAGAAUUCAGACCUGCGUGUGUUUGACUCUGCACUCUAAAUCAUCGCUACAGACUAUCUUCCAGGAGUAAGAAGAAUCUGUAUCACGGGCCUUUGGGGCCCUGCUCUGGCCCUCUCCACACCCAAGGAAUGCAUGGGGCAUGCCUGUCCAAAGUCUUCAGUUCCCUUCUAGAUCAUCUUUAGAAUUCUCUGCCCAAACAGCCCCAAACUACUUUCUUUAAACAGUGCCACCCGUAUGCCAAUCCCUAGGAGAGGGGAAAUAAAUAGAGCUUGGACAUGCAGGCUGGAGUAUCCAUGCAGGACUUCAUUUCAGGUGGAUCAAAGAAUGAACGUUGUGACAUUGUUUCCAAUUUAAUACACAAAGGCUGCUCCAUUGAUUUAAUAGAAUACCCUUCUGUGCAUGUAAAACCAAGUGAAAAUGAAAUUAAUACCCAGGUGACACCAGGAGAAGUGCUGAUCCAGCUGCAUCAAGGAGCUGAAGCUAAUUUUAUGCUGAAAAUUCAUCCUCUGAAGAAAUAUCCUGUGGAUCUUUAUUAUCUGGUUGAUGUCUCAGCAUCAAUGCACAAUAAUAUUGAAAAAUUAAAUUCAGUUGGAAAUGAUUUAUCUAGAAAAAUGGCAUUUUUCUCCCGUGACUUUCGCCUUGGAUUUGGCUCAUACGUUGACAAAACAGUUUCACCAUACAUUAGUAUCCAUCCAGAAAGAAUUCAUAAUCAAUGCAGUGACUACAACUUAGACUGUAUGCCUCCCCAUGGGUAUAUCCAUGUGCUGUCUUUGACGGAGAACAUUACUGAGUUUGAAAAAGCAGUUCACAGACAGAAGAUCUCUGGAAAUAUAGAUACACCUGAAGGAGGUUUUGAUGCUAUGCUUCAGGCAGCUGUCUGUGAGAGUCAUAUUGGAUGGCGAAAAGAAGCUAAAAGAUUGCUGCUGGUGAUGACAGAUCAGACAUCUCAUCUUGCUCUUGAUAGCAAAUUGGCAGGCAUAGUGGUGCCAAAUGACGGAAACUGCCAUCUGAAAAACAACGUCUACGUCAGAUCAACGAGCAUGGAACAUCCCUCACUAGGCCAACUAUCAGAAAAGUUAAUAGACAACAAUAUUAACGUCAUCUUUGCAGUUCAAGGAAAACAGUUUCAUUGGUAUAAGGACCUUCUACCCCUCUUGCCUGGCACCAUUGCUGGUGAAAUAGAAUCAAAGGCUGCAAACCUCAAUAAUCUGGUUGUAGAUGCCUAUCAGAAACUCAUUUCAGAAGUGAAAGUUCAGGUGGAAAACCAGGUAAAAGGCAUCUACUUUAACAUUACUGCCAUCUGUCCAGAUGGGACCAGAAAGCCAGGCACAGACGGAUGCGGAAAUGUGACAAGCAAUGAUGAAGUUCUUUUCAAUGUAACAGUUACAAUGGAAAAAUGUGAUGUCACAGGAGGAAAGAGCUAUGCAAUCAUCAAACCUAUUGGUUUCAAUGAAACCACUAAAAUUCACAUACACAGAAACUGCAGCUGUCAGUGUGAUGACGGCAGAGGACCUAAAAGAAAGUGUGUAGAAGAAACUUUUCUAGACGCCAAGUGCUUCCAGUGUGAUGAGAAUAAAUGUCAUAUUGAUGAGGACACAUUUCCUUCUGAAAGUUGCAAGUCACACAAGGAUCAACCUGUUUGCAGCGGUAGAGGAGUUUGCAUUUGUGGGAAAUGUUUAUGUCACAAAAUUAAGUUUGGAAAAGUGUAUGGAAAAUACUGUGAAAAGGAUGACUUUUCUUGUCCAUACCAUCAUGGAAAUCUGUGUGCUGGGCAUGGAGAGUGUGAGGCGGGCAGAUGCCAGUGCUUCAGGGGCUGGGAAGGGGAUCGCUGCCAGUGCCCGUCUGCAUCUGCCCAGCUCUGUGUCAAUCCAAAGGGCCAAGUGUGCAGUGGGAGAGGCACAUGUGUAUGUGGCAGGUGUGAGUGCACUGAUCCCAGGAGCAUUGGCCGUUUCUGUGAGCAUUGUCCCACAUGUCACACAGGCUGCAGUGAAAACUGGAAUUGUGUGCAAUGCCUUCACCCUCACAAUCUGUCUCAAGCUAUACUUGAUCGGUGUAAAACUUCAUGUGCUCUCAAAGAACAGCAUUAUGUGGACCAAACAUCAGAAUGCUUCUCUAGUCCAAGCUACUUGAGAAUAUUUUUCAUCAUCUUCAUAGUCACAUUCUUGAUUGGGUUGCUUAAAGUCCUGAUCAUUAGACAGGUGAUACUUCAAUGGAAUAGUAAUAAAAUUAAGUCCUCGGCAGAUUACAGGGUGUCUGCCUCAAAAAAGGACAAGUUGAUUCUGCAAAGCGUUUGCACAAGAGCAGUAACCUACCGACGUGAAAAACCUGAAGAAAUAAAAAUGGACAUUAGCAAAUUAAAUGCUCAUGAAACUUUCAGGUGCAACUUCUAAAAUGAUAAAAAAAAAAAAAAAGUACCUUAUGGGAAACUGGAUUUUAAAUAAUUGCUCCUAAAAUUUACUAUUUUAGAAGUCACAAGAGGGGACAAAUUUGCUAGAUCAUGCCAGUUGCUGGUUGUCUGCUCGAAUGAAGACUGACAAGCAUCCUCAUCAUCAUGUGACUCACACUGCUGCUGAAUUUUUCAGAGAAAAAUGUGUCUUACUACUGUUUGAUACUAGUGUCAUUGUAGCACUUUACUGUAAUAUAUAACUUAUUUAGAUCAGCAUAGAAUGUAGAUUAUCUGAAGAGCACUGACUACACUUUACAGGUACCCACCAUUUGUACACUUCCCAGAGAGGCAAUGCUGUGAGAUAGUUUUGGCAUUGUGUCACUACAAGGAUACAGUAAUCCCUGCACCAAACAUGCAGACAAACGAAUAAUGCAGUUAUACUAAUGUUGCCAAACACUUCAACAACUGGCAGCAGUGAACAGACAAGACCAGAUAGAUGAAUAAAUGAAUAGUGUUUCAUUCAUUCAAGAGAUACACAGACAAAACCUUAAUCUUGAGGGAUAUUGCUUUUGAAAUAGUAGUUUUAUGCAUGUGUGUUUGUUUUCUUUGACAAGAUGGAUACUAAUUCUAACAUUCUUUCCUCUUUGCCUUUAUAUUUUGGUUUUCUUUCUUACAGGAUAAGUUUAUAUAUGUCACAGAUGACUGGAUUAAUAAGUGCUAAGUUACUACUGCCAUAAAAAACUAAUAAUAAUACAAUGUCACUUUAUUAGAAUAUUUUUCAAAGUUCAAUGUUUAAUAAGGGACACUUCAAGUAACAUCAAAAUCUGAACAGCUUCAUUGUUUGCUGAUGUAGAGUUUUAGAUCUUCUUACCUGGUAAACUGGAUGGAUUAUUUCACCACUUCAUUUGUCUAAUCAUCAGGUUGAAACUCACAAAAUAUUUAGAAACUCUGCCUCAAACAAAGUGCCACACUUUUGAAUGCGUUUUCUCCAAUAUUUAUUCAAAGCAGAUAGUAGUAUUUUUCAAAUUAAAACUAAAUUAAGCUAUAUUACUUUUGCCCUUUGAAGCAGUCUAAGGACAUUCUUUCCCUGAAUCACCUCAGUCCAACUCACCAGAAUUCUAAAAAUACACAAUUAGAGAAGAAUAGAAAAUAUCUUUAGAAAUAAGCUAAUUCACCCUUGUGGUUAUUCAGGGGAACUGAGGCUCAGAAAGUUCAAAUGAUUUUUCAAAAACCCCUCAGUGACCAAGUGGCAGCACUCAAAGAGAACUAUCUUAUUGUCAGGCCAGGGCUCACUGAACAAUGUAGUACUACCUCUUGAAUCUUUAAAAUAUUAGUCAAUUGGCAAGUGUUUUUAAAUGUGAUUUACUGAAGUCUUAAGUGAAUAAGCGUGAGACAAUUCUCAAACAAGGCAGAAAAAAGUAAUUCAAACCGAAUUGUCCAUGGUUGGCGUCCAGUCUUUCUGCUAAUCAGCUUCUAAGAGACUGCCAAAUGGCCUAACUAGAGGGAAGUCCAUUCACACAGGUUGUGGUGAACAGCAUUUCCCCUGGGCUCAUGCAGUGCUCAGUCCAAGAGCUUGAUACAGAGGUGAUGAACUUUUAUCUUCCCUAACAGGAACUUCAUCACAACUACCAUAUCCUUACAGAUUUAUUCACUCUGAUUUUAUUGGCUAGAAGUCAAAGAGUCCUGUGUAUAGCACAGAGCUUUGCCUAUGACAACAAAGGAAGUUAUUUUAAAUUCCUUUUAAAUGUCCUCUUACAAUCAGCUUCCCCGAUUUUCUGUCUUCCAGCACUUGAGUUAAACAAAGUGCCAAAUAUCUACAUUCCAAUGAAGACUAUAUCCCAUCCAUCCUAAGGAAGAUUAAAAAAUGUAUAACAAGUUGUUCUAGAGCCAAAAAACACAGUACUCCCAUCAGCUGUCCCCUGAAGCCAGGCAAUUAUGAUGCUAAGUUGAGCAGUAUUUCCUUCCCCAAAUGAGUGAUCAGCGGCAUUGACAUACUUCAGUAUUGUGACUCACUUAUGUAAAAUACCUUUGAUCACCAAGGAUAACAUAAAAAUUGUUUUAGCAGCUUGCCUGUCACACAUUGCAUCCUUUUAAAAAAGGAAAUAAAUGAAUACCUGUCAGCCCCCAAAAGGAAAAGUGGAAAAUAUCCAUUCAUUGAAAUACUGAAAACUCUGACACAUUUAAAAUUUUUAAAACAUUACAAGGUUCACUAACUAAUGUCUAUGUGGGCUGAAUUAUCCAAAAGAGGAUAAUAAAAUGAAAUCCUUAAAAUAAAGGGAUGGAUAUUUGGACACUCUCAUUAGUUUGCACUAAUUUAUUAUGAAACAAGGCUCUUCUCAUAGGAAGGGACAAGCUUCCUGAUAGGCAGUUCGAUGCUAGAUGGUGAUUGCAGUUAUGCUUGUGAUGUCUUGUGCUUUCCUUUUUUAUUUAAAGAUCUAAUCCUUAAAGAUUUUAGAGUUUAUAUUUACUUGAAUAAUUGAUAUUUUCCUUGUGAGAAGAUAAUAUUAGAAUUAAUGAAAAGUUAAGGGAAAACAGGGUAUUCUUAAAUAAUUUAUGUAAACGAAGCCUAUUUCAACUAAUAUGACCACAGGAGCCUUUUGAGAUUCACUGAUAUUAAACACAAGUAAUGAAACUUUAAAUGGUUAACAAAGUUAAGAACUUGAACAACUCUUUUGGUACGACAGCAUUUCUGUGCCCUAAAGUAUGUCAUGAUUUAGAAAUAGGCCUUAUAUACACUACAAUAUAACUGUAUGAAUUUUACUUCUCUGGGGAUAUCUUUAUACUGCAAUAUGUGUGGAUUUAUAAGCAUCUUUUUUUUUAAUUUAUUAAUAUUUAUGUACAGACAUUCUCUGAAAGACUCAAAAAUUUACUAAAACUCUGAUUAUGUCCUAAACAUUCAAUUUAGUUUGGUUUAAACAAAUACAAAAAUCUAAGAUUACAUAGAAUAGAUUUCUCUGGAGGCAAGUUUUUCAAAACUCAAAAUUAAAAUUAGUGGAUGCAUCAGAUACAAUAGUCCACUAAAGAAUAAAUUUCAAACAUUUUUAAUAUACACUUAAUCGCUAUUGAAUAUAUUCUUAUGCAUGACAAUGGACAUCCAUACAAGGUUGAAAUAUAAUUAUGAUGGAUUAUGAAAAUUCUUCUCCAUAGAAUUAUAUUCCUUAUGAUACCUUUAUAAUAAGUUAAACUCAAUGGCUUUUCCUUCCUUUUCUUACUCCUAUUUGUUUUCUACUUACUUUUCCUAAGAGAUUGCCCCAAAACUUCAGGCUCAAUUAGCCUAAUUGUGAAAAAUAACUGACUAUAAUAAUAUAAUGAAGUUCUUCAUUUCCAAACAUCUCUUAAUGAUUUUAAAAGUCAUUUGAAUCUAUGUACCUAAACAAAGACCCAUUAAAAACUGAGAAUUUUAAAUUUUUACAACUGUUCAAGCUUAUUUCAAUUUUAAGGGAUUUGAGAUCCAUAUAUUUUAAUAAAAGUAUCUAAUGAAAUACAGGUACUUGGGAGUUCAAUCUUGUGCAUAUAUAUUGUUUUAUUUACUCUUAACAUUUAAUUUACAACUAUCCUUAUUUAUAUUGACCUUAAGAACUCCACUUAGUGCAAUGCCAUCUGAGACAUAUUUUCAAAUAAAUAUGAAACUAGCAUUCUUUCAGAUCAUUCCCCUUUUCUCUUAUAAUUCUUCAAUGGCCAAUUUAUUAUGGGUUAUACAUGUUCAUAUUUCAUUAAGUCUAAGAUAUCUACUUUUCAAUUUAACAUCUCUGAAAUAUAUCUUGCGAUUAUUGGCCUCUAAGAUGCAGUUUUAUAAUUUUACUUAAAUAAAUAUUACACUAAUUCAUCUUUAACUAAAUGUUCACGGGUAUAGAGACAUUCAUUUUUAUAUAAAUAUUUAAGAACGCACGUACGAUAACACGUGAAGUCAGUUUUCAGUACAUCUGAAUCACAUUACCACUUGCUAUGGAGCCUAACCAUCUGAUUAUGAGUUUAGAUUCUGCAGACCUUUAAGUGAUAAAAGCUCUUUCAGCCUUCUGUUUAUACUUUAUGCUAGUUGCUACUGUUUCAGCAAACCCUAACCUAACUGACAAGAAUGAGUGAGUUUCUCCUAGGUUUGUUAACAAAUGUUUAUUCUUUCUAUUACUCUCUAAAGAAUACUUUCAUGUGAUCAUCUCACUCUUAAACAGAAUUAACUGGAAAAAUAUUACAUAACAUCAUCACAUUUAGAUUUUUGCAAUUUUAAGAUUUUGAAGCAUUUUAUGUGUCUUAUGUUAAUGACAGGAGGAAAGUAUCAUACAACCUAUCAGUGUUGUAAGGAAAUUUUCCCUUAAAGUCCUCCUACAUUUUUAUUUUUCUAUAUCAUUUCUGUUCUAUAUCAUCUCUGUUGUGUUCUUUUGUUUGAUUUUUUCCUUUGGCUUUAAUAAACUCACCUUAAGCCCAUGUAAUGACUCAUAAAACUGCAUAUUUAAAUUAUUUGACUUACAUGAAAUGAUUGUUCAGCUAUCUGGACAGCUGUCAAUGAAAUACCUGAGAGUAAUAACACUACUCCUUUAUCUACCUGGAUUACUUUCCCACAAAAAUUUAUGUUCAUAAACUAACUCUAUUAAUCAGGUUUCUAAGCUCCAUUACCUAUUUCAGUUAAAAUCAUCUAUCCAAAAAUAAAAAAAAAAAAACCACUGCAAUCAUCAAGGAUGGAGAUGUAUGAUUUGUAUAAAAAGUCUUUACUAACUUUACACUGUACCACAGAUAAAUGUGAUUUUGAUAACAGUUCAAUACAAUGACAAAUAUGGCACAUAGAUUUUCUUUAAAAUACUGAAUAUAAAAAUAUUUUAAUUCUUUUUUUAUUUUAAUUCUAAAUUAUAAUAAAAUAUAAAUUUGCACAUAUUAAUAUAGAAAUUCAUUUUGUAUAUAUUUAACAUAAGUUUAAAACUAUUUUACAUUUACCAGUUACUUCAUUAAAGUUUUUUAAAUCUGCAAAAAAUUAGUAAUGUUUUAAAAUUAUCAGUAAUAUAACCUAUGUGUUUCAUUUAACAACUCCUGCCUCUGUAGAAAACAUUUUAAUAUAGAGUGUAUUUUUAAAUUAAAGUAUUUGAAAUCAAAAUAGUUCUAAGAAAGAAACAAAUUCUCAUUAAACAAGUUUCUUACUAUUUCUGACUUUGAAUUUUACAGAAAUUUAAAUUGCCUUAAAUGACAUAGAAAAUUGGUAAUACAAUAAUUUCACUUAGAUACUAUGAGCCUGUUCAUAUAAUUCUGAUUGACUACUAACUUUGGUUUAUGUAUUUAUUAAAAAGCUGAUACUGUAGUUUGUUGUGAGAUGUUUAUUUUUUUAACAGAGCUUAUAACAGUUAUGACAAGGCAUUUAAUUAAUGCAUCAUUUUGUUUAAAAGUAGGUGUUAACCAAUAUGAAAUUCUAUGUUUCAAAAUAAAAAUGUGAAGA